AUGAACUUCCUCCGACGUCGUCUCUCUGACAGCAGCUUUAUGUCAAACCUUCCCAACGGGUACAUGUCAGACCUCCAGAGGCCGGACCCGCCUGCACCUCCUCCCCCAACUGCCUCGUCUCCAUCCCAGCAGGGUCCAGGUGUUUCCCAGGCACCUGCCCAGUCUCCCACCCAAGCCCCAUCCCAAGUGCCGGUCAGCUCCCCUGCUCCACAGGAGCGCCGCCCAUCCCAGGUUCAACAGCAGCCUCAACAGGCCCAGUCAUCUGCCUCAGCCACUUCUUCCUCGGGUGGUUCUUCCGGGUUCUUCAGCUCCUUCAGCUCCAUCACUAACGCAGUCAAGCAGACAGCGGCGUCUGCUGCUGGCUUUGUGGAGCAAUCUGCUCCCUCUCCCUCCCUUUCCAAGAAGUUUAAGAUCCUUCUGGUCAUUGAUGAGCUUCAACAUGAAUGGGCCAAAGUGUUUCGGGGAAAGAAGGUCUUGGGAGAGUAUGACAUCAAAGUGGAGCAGGCAGAGUUCUCGGACAUCAACCUCAUCUCACAUUCAAAUGGUACUUGCACUGUGGACAUGCAGGUCGUCAGAGGCGGUGCUAAAGCAGCCAGAUCUUUUAGGCCAGACUUUGUCUUGGUGCGCCAACAUGCCUUCAGCAUGGCCCAGAACGAAGACUUCCGAAACCUAAUCAUCGGUCUGCAGUAUGCCGGCAUCCCCUCUGUCAACUCGCUGGACUCUAUCUACAAUCUCUGCGACAAACCCUGGGCUUUUUCCCAACUGAUCAAUAAUCAAAAGAGGCUUGGUGCUGAUAAAUUCCCUGUGAUUGAUCAGACGUUCUACCCCAACUACAAGGACAUGAUCACAUCGCCGAACUUCCCUGUCGUGGUGAAGAUCGGACACGCCCACUCCGGAAUGGGAAAGGUCAAAGUGGACAACUUGAGCGACUUUCAGGAUAUUGCAAGCGUGGUGGCCAUCACUCAGACCUACUGCACGACAGAGCCGUUCAUAGACGCCAAGUACGACAUCAGAGUGCAGAAGAUUGGCGCUGACUAUAAGGCGUACAUGCGAACAUCCAUCUCUGGUAAUUGGAAGAGCAACACAGGUUCAGCCAUGUUGGAGCAAGUUGCCAUGACUGACAAGUAUAAGUUGUGGGUCGAUACUUGCUCCGAAAUCUUUGGUGGCCUGGACAUCUGCGCCGUCAAGGCCAUCUGUGGCAAGGACGGCAAUGACUACAUCACCGAGGUGGUGGGCUCAUCUAUGCAGCUGGUCGGCGAUCAUCAAGCGGAGGAUCGCCAGCUCAUAUCCGAGGUGGUACUGGCUAAAAUGAGCCAGGUCCUAGCUGCCAAGAAGUCCUCUAUUUCACGCUCGCCAGCUCGCUCCCCUCAAAGCCAGAAAACGACUGUCUCUGCUGCACCCUCACAGAGUGGUGGUGUUAAAGAGGGAGCGCCAGAUUCAAGCAGAGCCACAGGCCAGCGUCCUCAACUUCAAGGGGCAUCAGUUAAAGCACAGAGUGUGGAGUCAUCAUCAGACACACUCAAGAGAUCUUCCGAGAGUCCAUCAAAGCCCAUUCAGGCCCAGAAACCUGCUUCAAGUCAAGCGCAGAAACCAGCUCAGGCACAAAAGCCAAGCCCAGUCCAAAAAUCUGCCUCAGUUACAAAGCCUCCAGUGCAGAGGCCUCCACCCAUGACAAGAGCUCCGUCUGUCACAAAACCUACUUCAGAUUCUGCUUCCGGCCCAGCUAAACCUCCUCCAUCUUCCCCUGCGGUCUCAGCAGCUCCGGCCUCCCCCGCGGCCUCGGCUGCCGCCUCUCCUCCAGCGUCAGCUCCCACCACAGAGCAGCCCAAGCCCCAACCCCCAGGCUCCCCAGCCCAAGCUCCAGGAAAGCCGAAGGACCUGCCGCCUAAGCCCACCCCACCUGCCAAGCCCAUCCCUCCUGUCCGCAGGAACUCCAAGCCGCAGCUGCAGCCAAAACCCCAAACGCCGCCUCCUCCCAGAGCCUCACCAAAAUCUCAAUCCACACCCCACAACCCGGCGCCUGUCGAGGCCUCGGACACAGCUCCAUCUACCGGCGAGGCGCAAGUCGAGUCUCCGGCCAAAGCCAGUCAAUCCCCGCCUAAUGCGCAGUCUCCAGCCAAGUCUCAGCCUCAAGCUAAGCUCGCUUCUCCGUCCCAGAACCCUGAACCCGAAACUGCCACUGACCCUGCUGAGGGCCAGGAGGACCAGCAAGCGUCCCAGCCAAAAACCCACCCUCUGCUCAAUAAGUCCCAGUCACUGACCAAUGCCUUCAACGCCUUCAGUGAUUCCUCCUUCUUCCGCGGCGUGUCCGGUUCCGGAGGCGGCGACGGCCAAGAUGAGGCCAAGGCCGAGACCAUUCGCAACAUCCGGAAGUCCUUCGCCAGCCUUUUCUCUGACUAG